AUGAUUAUGCUGAAAAAAAGAGUUGAAAUUUACGAAACCCUUCUGGAUCAAUUAAAAGGCCAGGUGGACAACGCUGGACAGUUGGCGGUCCAAAGGGCCUUGCAAGAGGUUGGUGCAUGUUUCGAGGAAGGGAUUUACUUGCUUUUCAUAACCGCUCACCAUAUUUUCUUGGCAUCGCAGUCCCCCGAAGUUGAACAAUAUCGAUCCACUGUGAAGAAUCGUGAUGGGGAAUCUCUUGUUACGGCAGAUAUUUGCUCUACUGGCUCCGUCGACCGCAUACGCCAGGAUCCUAAUCCUGCUGAUAAUACCUACCCAACUGGCUACAUGGGCAAAAACAGCGAAGUGGCAUGGAUUCAACGAAUAGUUCAACAACUCUCCAGCGAGGCUAAUAAGACUCACGGGACGAAGGGUGAUGAGGACUACAAAUUUGAAACCCCCACCUACCACCUAGACGACCUGUCGGUCUCGAUCGUCGGAGGCGACAUCAAUCCGUUUUACCUUCCCCCGAAGGAUAUAGCCGACCAGCUAUUAGGUGCCUUCUUUGAAACAGUUUAUCCAACAUUUCCGAUUGUGUUGAAGGGGCUUUUCAUGGCCCAGUAUGACGCCUUUUUCCAAUGGUUCUUCCCCCCGGGAAGUUCGAAGCGCUGGUUGGCCAUGCUUAAUUUGAUGUUUGCCAUUAGUGCUCUCUAUGGGAGGCUUAUCAACGCUGAAUGGAAAGGGGAGUCGGAACUGGAACACCUGCGGUACUUUGCUCGGGCGCGAGUACUGAGCCUGGAUGAGGGCAGUAUGUUUGAGGUUCCGGAUUUGCAGCAGGUCCAAGUUGUGGGCCUAGCAGGAAUCUAUUUGAUUGCUAGUAAUCAGACAAACCGCGCAUGGAAUGUUGUUGGUCUGGCUGUGCGCUACGCGCAAACCCUAGGCUUGAACCUGCGCAACGAUGUUCCAGAAUUUGAUGAAGUAGAGAAAGAAAUGAGAGUUCGAAUGUGGUACACACUGUACUCUCUCGAUCAUUUGCUAUGCACUAUGACGGGACGACCAGCUUGUAUCCAGAACAAGGAUUGCAGUGUACCUAUGCCAAGGCCUGUUGAGCAGGAGCAGUAUCUAUCUGAAGAGGCUUUCGGUUCGGAACUUAGGAGGUACUCCCCAAGUCAUGACCCCCCCGACCCCUUCGUCCAACACAUCAAGCAAGGCCCGUCGAUGCCCCUCCAUAUUCCUCCCAUUAUCCCCGAAUAUCCCGCCACGUAUUUCAUAGAGCACACUAAACUCAACCAGAUAACAUCGGAUGUACUUUCUCAACUGUACCGCCCUGCCACUAAAAGUCGGAGCUGGAGUGACAUCCAGGGAAUCAUAUCAGCACUGGAAUUAAAGGUUAUGAAAUGGCGAGCAGACCUCCCUCUGCUCUUGGAUUUCGGUAAAAGGCACAGAGAGCAAACUUAUUCGUAUCUGACCCUACGCCAGAGGAUGGCUUUGGCAUUUCAGUAUCAGUAUAUCCGCAUAAUUAUCAAUCGACCUUGUCUUUGUCGGCUAGAUUCUCGGAUACCUAACGAAUCCAAGCGCUCGCGUGGGUUUAACCGGUCUGCGGCUGCCGCUUGUGUUGAGGCCGCUCGUGAGAUGAUAGCGCUCCUCCCUGAUGAACCGAAUCCCGUCGGUCUGAUAAGUAGAUCCCCUUGGUGGUGUCUCUUACAUUAUUUGGUGUCCGCUGGAACUGUUUUGAUUGUGGAGAUCGCUAUGCGGGCAGAGCAUAACCCCCAACAGGCGGAUGGGUUGUUGAAAGAUUCAAAGAAGGUGAUUUCGUGGUUAAGGGCCAUGGGAACGAAUAAUCUUGGAGCAGAGAGAUCUUGCACUGUACUUUCGAAAUUGCUUAUUGUGGCGGCACCUAAGAUCGGAGGUGAUACAUCAGAUGUACAGAGAGACUUUCCUCCUUCGAAAAGAAGAAGCAAAGAUGACGACAACUAUUCCAGGGCCCACCGCAAGGCCCCGGAAAACCACGCAGGAGGAGCAAGUAGGGAAGGGGAAGGGGAAGGAGACUAUAGUCACCACCACCAUCAGGAACAAUCUCACAACGAUAUGAGAGGCCAAAUGGGGAACAACCAAGGGCAACCGCUUGGGGAUUUCCCGGAUAUAUUUCGUGGUCUACUUACAGAUCCAUUUCCAUUUGCUGGGAUGCCUAUUCACACGAACUUCGAUAACCCGAUUGCUAUGCAGGAGGCCCCGCCCCAUUUCAUGCAACAAAACCGCGACCAGGAGAGCCUCACCCCUAAUCAGGACAAUUGCCCCGAUAUGAUGCAGAGCAUCCAGACCCCGCACACGAGCAUGAUGUUUCCUACCCCUGAGCAGUUACAAAGGCUGUCAGUUUCUGCCAAGGAGGAAGAGGAAGAGGAAGAGGCGCACCAGCAGCAGGAGAAGCGACAGAGGAGAAAACAGUCUCAGGGGGUGGGCCAAAUCUCGCUACCUCCACGGUUCCCACCUCACUGGGUUCCUUCGCCUCCCAUCCAUCCCCUGCCCCGAUCACACUCUCAGGGAAGCGGUGAGCCAUUUUCGAUGGCCGGGUUGGCUCACUCGUUUAGGGACUCUGGUCAUGGCUCCCAAACAACGAGGGCCAGUUAUGAAGACAUCUCCUCCUCCAGUGGGAGCAAUAACGCAGGACAGCGGAGGGUUGGGUGACCGACUCGUUGAAAAAUGGAAUGUUCGGGCACGCAUACACACUCUCUCUUUCAGAGAAAAGUGCCUCUCACAAUCCAUCAACCAAUUGACUCACCCUCCUUUACACACACAUGCUGUAAAUUUACACGCUUUUUUUCUGUACGUUCCUUUU